ACGAGAUGUUGUCGGGCUGCGUCCGAAACCGCAUUCUCUCUGAGUAGGCACUUAAUUUCACGAGCGCUAAAAGAGUUACGUACUCCACAGCCGAGUCUCGUUGAGUAUGCACGCGAUGCUGACGUUAUCAUGUGACGUCAUGACAAGCGCAACACCUGAAGAGACACGAGCGACAGGUUUAAUUCAUCUAUCUCUUAUAAAAGCAUCAUGAUGAAUUAAGGACAAAGUGUCCACAUAGACAGAAAAACUCCUGGUGAAGCAACUGUGAUCCACGUGACACUGUUAUAAAGAUGGCGUUUAUUAAAGAGGAGAGUGAAGACAUGAGGAUUGAAGAAGUCAUAGUCAAACAAGAAGAAACUGAUGAACAAAUAGACCUGAUGCCACUGAAAGGAGAAAGUCAAGAACUGAAUGAAAUGGAAGAAGAAUACCAUGAUUUCAUAACUGGGAAAAAAUCCACAAAGACUGAAAAGAAACCUUACAGGAAAUCUUACAGGUUUUGCACCUGCCAUCAGUGUGGAAAGAGUUUCAGUCACAAACAAAACCUUAAAAUCCACAUGAGAACUCACACGGGAGAGAAACCUUACACCUGUCAACGAUGUGGAAAGAGUUUCAGUCAAAAAGGCAACCUUAAAAGCCACAUGAGAAUUCACACAGGAGAGAAGCGUUUCACCUGCCAACAGUGUGGAAACAGUUUCACUCAGAAAGGGAAUCUUAAAAAACACAUGGGUAUCCACACCGGAGAGAAGCCAUUCACAUGUGAUCAGUGUGGAAAGAGUUUCACACAUAAAGACAUGCUUAAUUCCCACAUGAGGAUUCACUCAAGAGAGGACUGUUUUUUAUGUCAGCAGUGUGGAAGAAGUUUUGCUCAUAAAGUAAGCUUCAAGAUUCAUAUGAGAGUUCACACUGGAGAAGAGCCUUACGCAUGCUCUCAGUGUGGAAAGAGUUUCAGAUAUAAACCGUCUCUUGAUUCCCACGUGAGAACUCACACUGGAGAAAACCCUCACACCUGCAAACUGUGUGGAAAGAGCUUCUCACGAAACGCAUCUCUUAAGACUCACAUGGACAUUCACACUGGAGAGAAGCCAUUCACAUGUGAUCAGUGUGGAAAGAGUUUCAGACGUAAAGUAACCCUUAAUGAACACGUGAAGAUUCAUUUUAGGAGAUAACCAAUUUAGAUGUCACCAAAAAAUUUAAAAUAUGGGAAUAUGCGAACUAGAUCUAGACUAGAACUUUUUCUUAAUGGAGGGUGAGUAGAUUUUCCACUACAGGUGGCCAUGUAGCUUAUAAAUUUUAGUUAAGCCUGAAGUCUUUAUCACUGGAGUCUGAGUCAAGUCUCGAGUCUUUGGUCAUUAGGCCAAGUCGAGUCUCAAGUCAUUUAAUGGCUUGCUAAAAAAAAUCCCAUUCAGAAUCCUCAUGUAUUGAAAUCUUCCUAUUUACGAAGCUGUUUUAUAGGCUAUAGACAUAAUAUAUAUUCUAUUAUCUGCUUUGGUAAAAAAAAAAAAAGUGGUGUUAAAAUUUAAGUUUAUUGUACUUUAGGGAUGCGCAGUAUACCGGUACUGGAAAAUACCAGUAUCUAUUAUAUUUCAAACGGUACGAUUUCAUAAUUUUGCUCAAUUUGGUAUUUCAUUCGCUGCUGCUUCCCAAAUUGAUGCGAAACCAGUAAACCUGAAGAACAGUGCCAUGGAUCAAACAGAUAAAAACUCUAUUAGCGCGCCCGAAACUAAUAAAUAAAGAACAGUAGAAGUGAAACAUGGGAUUACUUUGCAUACACAACAGAUGAUAACUGACCACAGGAGGCAACACAUCAAAUCUUGCUAAGC